GAGAGAGCACUCUGGAGCGCCUGGAGAGGAGAGCGCUGCGGGCGUCUUUCCCAGGCCCUUUUCCUUUAACCCUUCCAGGAGCUGAGGAGCGCUAUGCUGCAGCAUCCAGGAGACAGGGCGCCGGCAGCCCUGGGCUCCGAAACUUUGCGCGCAGCGUGGGCUUGACUAGGCAGAGCUGAGCUGGCUAGCUGGCCUGGCAAAGCAGAGGGGAGUGCUGGGGAAGAGACCCUCCUACCUAUCCCAGGUCCCUAGCCUAGGAGCUCCAGAGGCAGGCAGGGGUGCAGCCGCAGCAGGGAGCUGUCCGUUCAGCACCACAGACCUUAAACCUCGGGUGUGAGGAAGACGGCGGCUGGGCAACAGGCGAGGAUCUGUCCGUUCAGCACCACAGACUGCCGCCCGGCCCCAGCCCCAGGACUCUCCCUUUUCUCCAGUUUGCGCGGGGGUGUCGAGAGCAGGCGGAGAGCUUUCCUGGGAGGCUGGGGAAGCAGCGAACACUCUUCGCAGCGACUCGCCUCCCAGUAGUGCUAUUUUUUGCCAUCCGCCCUCACCCCCGGCACACGCGCUCGCACACACGCACGCGCGCGCGCGCGCACACACACACACACACACACACACACAUACACGCACACUCACACACACACCAGAGCUCUCUGGGUUUCUUUGCUUUGAGUCUCUUGGGGCUGUGAGGAUCCAAGUGCAUCUUAAUCGGAGCUGGCUGCUCCAAGCUUCUAAGCCAUGCCCUGCACAAUUCCUCGUCCUUACCAAGCUCCUGAGGAAUGAGAGGAACCCAGGCGUCCUCCGAAUGCAGCAGUAGUGAUGUGGACCAACCCCCUGGAGCCUGCACCCUCCCGAGGGCCAUAGAGGACUCAGGGAAGCUGAGAGAGCUCAAGAUAGGAAAUCCGAGCUUUCCCAAAGUCCCCGUGGAUGCUGGCCAAAGGAGAUCUGGAUUUUUGGAAGAGGCUUUCCCAGGUCACCCAGCUGCGGAGUGAUUUUCCCCUCUGGCAUUAAAUCGCCCCCUCCAACCCCCAGCCAUCCGGAGUACCAUGAAGAAUUAUGAGGAUGUGUGACAGAGGUAUCCAGAUGUUGAUCACCACUGUAGGAGCCUUCGCAGCUUUUAGUUUAAUGACCAUUGCAGUGGGCACGGACUACUGGUUAUAUUCCAGAGGUGUGUGCAGGACUAAAUCUACAAGUGAUAAUGAAACCAGCAGGAAGAAUGAAGAAGUCAUGACCCACUCCGGUUUGUGGAGGACCUGCUGCUUAGAAGGGGCUUUCCGAGGCGUGUGCAAGAAGAUCGACCACUUCCCUGAAGACGCUGACUAUGAACAGGAUACAGCUGAGUAUCUCCUGCGGGCUGUGAGGGCCUCCAGUGUCUUUCCAAUCCUCAGCGUCACGCUGCUAUUCUUCGGGGGCCUCUGUGUGGCCGCCAGUGAGUUCCACCGCAGCAGGCACAAUGUCAUUCUCAGUGCCGGUAUCUUUUUUGUCUCUGCAGGGUUAAGCAACAUCAUUGGCAUCAUAGUUUAUAUAUCAGCCAACGCUGGAGACCCCGGGCAGCGUGACUCCAAAAAAAGCUACUCUUAUGGCUGGUCCUUUUAUUUCGGAGCCUUCUCUUUCAUCAUUGCGGAAAUCGUGGGCGUGGUUGCGGUGCACAUCUACAUCGAGAAACACCAGCAGUUGCGUGCCAAAUCCCACUCGGAGCUCCUGAAGAAGUCGACCUUUGCCCGCCUGCCACCCUACAGGUACAGAUUCCGGAGGCGGUCCAGUUCUCGCUCCACCGAGCCCAGAUCCCGAGACCUGUCUCCCAUCAGCAAAGGCUUCCACACCAUCCCUUCCACUGAUAUCUCCAUGUUCACCCUCUCCCGGGACCCCUCUAAGAUCACCAUGGGGACCCUCCUCAACUCUGACCGGGACCACGCUUUUCUACAGUUCCACAAUUCCACGCCCAAAGAGUUCAAAGAGUCGCUGCAUAACAACCCGGCCAACAGACGCACCACGCCCGUCUGAGCUGACCUCUGGCCUCUGCCCCGCCCAGUACAGCCUUGGGGGAAGUGUACACAGAUGUCUCUAAGGUUGCAUGGCAUGGUCCUCGUGAUGGUAUUAUUUCUUACAAAGAAUAAAACCAAAUGGACUCAGUCCCUCCCACAUUGGUCCCCUCAUCCCCCAAGUCCUGACCCCCUCCAUUCUCCUCCUCUAACUUUUCACGCUAGUCCCUUAAUGUCACCUCUCUCUGUGUGUAUCUGUGACAGAUGUUUUCUUUUCUUCCUUCUUUGCUGGAAGGACUUCCACAUUCUUCCCUCCUUGGAAGAGGACUUUACUCAUGGGGGAAGGGGAUUUCCAAGUCCCCAUCAGACGAGCCCAUAGCUGUUUCCAUUGUCCACCCAUACAAAUCCUCAGGGAACACACCAGCCAGGUGGCCCUGAGGGAGGCAUUCACCUCUAAGUGUUAGAAAAACAUGACCAGAAAUCAAAGAUGUCAGCACCCUGAAGCAGCUAAUGUAAUAAGCACUCACGUUAUUAAAGGUUUUGCCUUGUCGUAA